AUUUAUGAAUUCCAUAUAGAUAAGGGAAUAGUUAUAUUUGAAUGUUUAUAACCAUGCAAAGCUGUUGGUGAUUCAUUUACCAACAUGAAGGCAAUUAUCUUGAUUGCAUGUUUUGCUGCGUUGGUAACCACUAAAUACACCAAUUAUAAAGUCUAUCGAGUGAUUCCAUACAACGUAUUUCAACGGAGUCAUGUUUUUGGGUUAGAAGGAAUCAAUGGCAUUGAGUUCUGGCCACAGAAGAAUAAUUACGAAAUUGACAUCGAAGUAUCUCCUCAAUUAAAUGACGAAUUCAUAUCUUAUUUAACUGAACGACAGGUUCCUUAUAGUAUUCUCAUAGAUGACCUUCAAACGUUCCUUGACCUUGAAAACCCCAACAAACCUUCUAAUUGCACCAAAAAACAUAAAUUUAACUUUUAUCGGUACAAUUCCUACAAGGAUAUUGUCAAGUACCUCCAUCACCUUCAAAAGAAGUACCCCAACAUAACCAACGUAACCACAAUUGGUCCCUCAUAUGAAAAACGUAAUGUAACCAUGAUAAAAAUCUCCUCUGGAGGUUCCAACAAGCCUACAAUUCUGAUUGAUGGAGGAAUCCAUGCUCGUGAAUGGGUUGCGCCUGCAUCUGUUGUCUACUUCAUCCAUCAACUGGUUGAGAAUCAAACCAAUCACUAUAUGUUUGAAAACAUUGACUGGUACAUCAUCCCAAUGGUCAACCCAGAUGGUUAUGAGUUUUCACGCGCGAGUUUAAACAAUGUUUAUUGGCGCAAAACAAGAAGCAGGAGUAAUUCAACUGAUUGUAUUGGUGUUGAUGCCAAUCGUAACUUUGAUGUGCAUUGGAUGGAAUCUGGGUCCAGUGAUGAUCCCUGUAAGAUAACCUAUGCAGGUCCUGAACCUUUCUCUGAAGUGGAAACUCGUAAUCUAAAAGGUGUUGUGGAGUCUCUGGGGAAUUGUACCAAGUUGUAUUUGACGUUCCAUGCCUUUGGUCCAUUGAUUUUGUAUCCAUGGGGUUACAAUACUGAUUUGCCCAACGAUUGGGCGACGUUGGAUAAGUUGGGAAGAGAUGUUUCUAAGGCUAUAUAUUCUGUUAAGGGGACUAAUUUUACUGUGGGUACUUCGGCAAGAAAAACGUACCCCGCUGCUGGUGGUAGUGAUGAUUGGAUCAAGGCUGUUGGUGGUGUGAAUCUUUCUUAUACUAUUGAAUUACCUCCAGGCGGGUCCAGAGGGUUUAAUCCCCUUACGAGUAAUAUUAGGGGUAUUGCUGAGGAAGCCUUUGAAGGUGUCAGGGUUUAUCAUGCUUAUGUUGAGAAGAAUUUUGAAGGAAACUGUACCAGAAGGAUUUAAAUGCAGAAAAUAAAUUUUAUUUUUGAUGGA